UAAAGUAUUUCUGUCUAGAGCUACUAUUGUGUUCUUAAAUAUUUAUUUUGAUUGCAUUAUUUAUAAUGAUUCUGACCUUUUAAUAGUAUAAAAGACGUUAAAUAAAUGUAAAAACUUUUCUGUUUACAAACAUUGAAACUUGUGGGCGAUUUCAUAAUGCCAUAGAACAUAUUAACAUAUCGCGUAACUUUGUCUACUAUACAUUUAAAUUAUUACUGUUUGAAGCUGCAUGUCAUAAAGCAAACUAUGUUCAGUAAUUUUGUAACAAAAUUUAAAAGAUAUUAAAAAUGGGUCACUUACCCAGUAAGGAUACACGGCGCAUCAGUUUUGAUAAUACAUUUGCUAUGAGCACAGCACUAGCUAUUCCGAAGCAAGCUGAUGAUGAAGUUUUAACCAUUGAUACCCUUGAAACGGACAAAUCCAACGAAUUUUAUUACAAAGAGAAUUCGAGACCCAUCGAAGUAUAUGAUAACGAACAUGACUAUUGGGUGCAACGAAUUGAGUAUCUUAAAAAUGAACAUCAACUAAUAAAUAAAAUUGUGGAGUCGGAAUAUGAAAAAACUGUCGAGAAUACAAAAAAUCUAUUUGAUCCGCCGAAAAUAACUAUUGAAAAAAUACAAAAAAUUAGACCGUGCUAUGAUUGGCGCUCUAAGAUGCUAAAAUGCUAUGAAGAUAACCCUCAUCAACCUUUACUGUGUGCAGCAACUGUACAAGCGUUUACGAAUUGUGUUACAUCGUGCCAAAUGGAGGAACAAUAAUUUAUCCAGGCAUCCCUUAUUUUUAAAAAAAUAUAAAGUUAUAUUUUACAUUGAAUAGUAAAAACAAUAAAAACUACAGCUUUAUUGUAGUGAUCUUAAAAUCCCUGAAUUUUAGUGUUAAUUUAAUAUAAAAGUAAUAA